GAUCGGAAAGCGUGAUUUUGUGGCCAUCAUGGGGGCUGAGGCGAUGUUCAGGACCUUGCUUUAUACCGUCAAUUCCUUGCUGCAGCAGCGCAGAUACCACGCGGCGUUGGCCGUCUUCAAGGGCUUCCGCAACGGAGCAGUUUAUGGAGCGAAGAUCCGUGCUCCCCAUGCCUUGGUGAUGACAUUUCUCUUUAGGAGUGGAAGCUUAAGGGAGAAAUUGAAAGCAAUUGUUCGGGCCACCUACACUCAUUCCAGAAACCUGGCAUACUUUGUAUUCACAUAUAAGGGUCUGAUGGCCCUACAGUCACGAAUGCAGGGAAAGAAGAUUCCAUUUCAUUCAUUCCUCGCAGCCUGUAUUGGGGGCUGGUUAGUGUUUGGGGAAAAUAGUAAUAUUAACAGCCAGAUAAACAUGUACCUGUUGUCUCGUAUCCUGUUUGGCUUGUCUCGAUUGGCAGUGGAGAAAGGUUACAUCCCAGAGCCAAAACAAGAUCCCUUCCCACUCUUUGCUGCUCUGGUUUGGGGGAUUGUCCUCUGGCUCUUUGAAUAUCACCGGCACACUCUACAACCAUCAUUGCAAUCAUCCAUGACCUACCUGUAUGAUGACAGCAAUGUUUGGCAUGAUGUUUCUGACUUCCUUGUAUAUAACAGAAGCCCUGCUGCUGAAUAGUCUUGAAAGAUAUUUAGAUGAUAGCACAUUUCAGUAGCACAGCUUAAAUGUGUUUUUUAUCUGAACACAUGUUACUGAAAAGUUACUAUUGUUAACAUUGGGUGUGAAUCUCUGCUUGUGUCUGGCCACAAUGUCCUUCCCUGUAGAGCUGGUGAUUUCUGUUGGUGAUUGCUUGAAAAGGGGCCAUAUUGCAAGCAAAAUGUUUUGUAAAGUAUCCCUCUUCUCUGCAAGAGACCUCAUUUCCUUUUCUACUCUAGCAGCUGGGAAUUGCUUUUGGGGUAGGAAAGCAAGUUAUAAAUGCACUGGUCUGAAAACUUGAAAAAUUAGUGUAUAUAUAUAAUAUAAUGUUGAGAAACCAGAUGGUGUAAGUAACUCUCUGCCUGCUUAUAUGCGCUAAGUCUUUCGCUACUUCUUUGAUUAGCAAUAGGAGAAAUAAUUUUCUCCAUAAUAGAUAAUUCUACACAAGAUUCAAGUUUAUCAUUUUUGUGUGCAAUAUGAAACUUGGAAAUUUUACCACUUGUUGCUAUCCAUUGCUCUUUCUUAUAUUAACAACAUCAAAUCAGUAAAGAUGCAUUUAGCAAUAAUAUGUUGAUAUUUUCAAAAAGUUAAGAGACAGUUUACUAAGCAUAUGAUAUGCAGUCAGCACUGUGAUAGAUCCUUUUAGCAUACCAUAAUCAUCUUAUAGAAACACCUAACAUUUACUGGGUGUAACAAAUGGAUUAAACUGAGGUCUCUUCCCACAGGUUCAUGAGACAAAGGGAGUAGAUGAAAGGAUGAAAUAUAGGAAUGGUGGCAAAUAUAUAAUUUGUUAUUGUCAUAAUGUCCCUCAUCAUUUGCUGGGGUAAAUACCUGAAUAGUUUUCUUUGGUCCAGCUGCUUCUACCUGCAAUUAAAGAUUUAAGCAAUUAUAAUUUCAACUGUUGCUACAGUUGACAAAGUCGGGUAAUAUUGUGGGUAGAUGCAAUCAGUUAAUAAUCUGCUUUCUUAGAAGCAAAAGUGCCAAGUUGGAAUGGUUAUCACACUGUCUUAUCAGAAAAAUUUUAAAUGUAGAGCAAGAUAGAUGACUGCAGACCAAAUAAUUUUAGGGAAGUUCAGCCUAAUCAUCUGCACUAACUACAGCAGGAUAUGCUGCACUAUCCUUGCAUAGGGUGGAAAGAAAAGCACUGGAUUCUCUUUUAAAGAACAGGAAGAAGGGAAGGGAUAAUCUUGAAAAUGUUCCUUUGCAUAGGAAGCCCUCAGCUUCCAAAACGCCAUUUUGUCUCCUUGUCCCUUCACCUCUCUACAUCGUUAGUAGUAUGCUAGUGUGUGACUUAAUGACUACGCAUACACACAACAGAUCUGAAGAGGUCUGCCUUAUGAAUUAAGCUGUCUGACUGCAAUCUGAAUUUUACUUUAGAACAGUCGUCUUGCGUUCAAUAGGUCUUCUAUGGAGAAAGUGCAUCCUUCAAGAACGUGAAACAGACAUGUUGCUUAGGGAUGAAUAGUUAGUGGAAUAUAAAUGAAUAAUGAGGAAAUGCUGGCUAAAGAGCAAGAAAAAUUUGAUGGGUUAUAAAACACUGUUUUGAUUUAGUUUAGUUUACUGGUUGGUGUUGUCACUGAUGUUUUUAUUUAUCAUUACUUGUUAACCUGUUUGUGCUGGUUUAUUAAUUAUCCCUAGGAGCCAAGAAGUUUUUUAACCUAUGGGGCUACAACAUUCAUAUGCAUUUGUUAUUCUUUUGUCAUAUUCCCUUUCAGUAUGCUUGUUUGGUACCCAUGUAUCAUCUUGUAUCUUUGAGGAUCUGUCCUGAUCAGAUUAUCUGUGGACUACUGUCUUCUGUUCUUCUGCAUCUUAACAACCCCAUGUAAAAUCUUCUGCAAACCAUCAUUCCCACCACCAAACUCGGUGCCCCAUCAUACCAUACAGUCAGAACAUUAUUGAUAUUUUAGGCAGUGGCUGUCAUCUGGGCGUUUAGUGUCCCUCUCCACAUUUGGUUAAUUCCAUGCAAUGGCACCAUCUUCUAUGCCCAUUCACUAAACAAUAGACAGUAGCUGUUCCCAGCUAGAGAUCUUAGCAUAAUCUGAACAGUGCCUGUAAUAUAUUUUCUUAAUUUCCAUGUAUCUCCUGUCCUGCUAUCCCCAAGCUCCUAUUCCCAGUAACACCAACCUUUUCUCGCAAACUGUCUGAGACUCUUAACUGUCUGCAAUUCACAGAGCACAAAACUGUCAUAAAACAAAUCAAACUCUGAUCCCACCACAGCAGUGCCCUUUACAUAUCUGUCUGUGGCAAUUAACUGUGCUUUUUAAAGAUUGCUUUCCUGCUGGGUAAGGGUAGAAUGCUAUGCUACAAAGUCAGUCAAUUUCCCAGGGAGGUAGCUGAAAUAAUUUCUAACAGCAUUUAACACCCACCACUGUUCCUAUAGCCUGAUAAUCGAGGUUGAAUCCCUUCUGCCACUAAUGUGACUAAACAAUGCCAGUGUGUGCUAGGGAAGUGAACUAGAAGUAAUGGGCCUGUCUGAAGACUCUUGGAGAUGUAGGUUCCAUUCCUCACUCUUCCAGAUCGUAUUGUUUGGCAGGCUAAGUGUUCUGUUUGGUUUUCAUGCUAAUAAGAAAGAAACACAAACAGAAAUAAGGAGACCGUUUGGCAACCCACCUCCCAAGCAGCCCCCUCACAUCAAAAUUAAGCAAAGUCCCAACCAUCCCCACUCUGAAGAGCCAAACAGACAUGCAUAUGAACUACGUUUACAACAGCGGCUUCUUUUUGAGGACUCAGCUCUUUUGUGUUUUGUUCAACAGGAGAUCUUGGUUCCCAAUGUUGGGGAACUAUCCACCCCUAUCUGAUUUGCCAUGACUCUGCUGUACUUGAAUAACAUUGUGGUGAAACAGUGCAAGGAACAUCUAGAAAUGCCAUGCAGUCUACUUAAAAUAUAUAUAUUUCAAGGUAGGGAGCAGAGGGAAAGACAAUUGAAAUCAGUAAAGAGCUGCACCAGUUCAAAUGCUUAGGAAAAUAUAAUUGUAUUGAGCUUGAACUGCAAGAGGUUAAAAGCCUCAUAUUUUUUAUGAACGUGUGUGUAUUCUUAAUUAAAAUAUUCUAUAACAACUGAUUACAAGAUGGACCAUAGUAAGGUCUUUUUUCCUUCAAUCAUAACAUUUUAUUUUUUCUGUAAAGCCUUUUUAGAAUAUGCUUCCUAAUAUAUAUUUGCAACUCUUGAAUGGUAGACAAUGCAAUGUUAUAUGUAAGAUUAACUAAUUAAAUAGAAUGCUUCCAAGAGGAUAUGUGCCUUUUAAAAUAAUAUAUGCACAUUCAUAUGGGUGAACAUUUUCUUUAUACCUUAUUGCUGUUUUCUGCAUCUUUCAGAUUGGCAAACCAUAAAUAGUGACUUUACACAUUACUGACCCUACACAGAUGUUAGGGGGCAAAUGUAUACUUAUGCUGUUUGACAUACAUUUGUCUUAUUUUCCCAUGUAUAAAUGCAUUGGGAACCUACUGCUAAUCUCACCUGACAUAUGCAGUCUUUAUGUAUAAAUCUAUAUAUCCUAUUCUCCUGCACUCAUGUAGGGAAUACAUCAUGUGUGAAGUUGGCCUAAGAAUGUGAUCAUUUUAAAAGAAAUGAUAUGCAAUGAAAAACUGGCUAUUUCAGCAACAUGAAUGUAGGCUUUUCUUUUCAAGAAUGUGCUGGAGACUUAACUGUACUUUUCCACUUUUGCGUACUAGAAAUAUCAAUUGCUGUAACAGCCUGUAUUUGAAUUAUAAAUGGAAAUACAGGCAUGGGCUAUCUUCUUUAGGUGUGGUAACUACUCAUGGUGCUACAUAAUUAUUCUCUGCCUUCCUUAUGGUGAAACAGCCCUAUGCUGUUCUACGUGUAUUUUUCUUUUAUAGCAGGUGUAAGAUUUUUUAAAAAAAACUAUUGCAAAUGAAUCCCAACUACAAACUUCCUACAUUUCUAAAGGUCUUUAGUGACUCUUUCUGGGACAGUUACGUCAUCCACAUGGCUAGUAGUUCUCAUAGGUGCUACAAUUAAAAAAUGGGCAUGUAAUAGCAUUAGGCUUGGCUUGCUGAAUUUAAAAAAUUAAGUUCAUCUUGCUAAUUAACUUAAAGCUUAAACCCUAUUAUUUAGAAGUGUGUGGUUUUUGACUCACAAAGAGACAGUUGAGUAUUUGGCAGUGAAGAGGCAGAAUUUUCCAAAAGAUAAUAGAGAUCAUAUCUGUACCAGGCUAAAACCUUGACUUGAAUUUUGUGGUAAUACUAGAUGUAUUGAAACAUACAGUUAAAAUAGUAGUUAAUGACUCUGGUCAGAUUGUUUAAUAGGACAUGUGCUUGUAACAGAAUGCAGAAAACUUAAAUUGCUGGUUAGUAAGGCCUAGUGUUAAAACAGCCAGACUACACCAUUUGUUUGAUAUUGGAGUAGCAGAAACAAAUUAAAUGUGAAAUAUUUGCUUUAAGAUGCUCUUUCUGCAUAAUGUGUGAGAAUUCUUUUCUUCAUUUUAACUUAUUUUAUAGGGAUGGACAACAUGCAGCUGGUAGAUUCUUAUAGGAGUCCUGAGAAUACCAGCUUUCGUUUUGAAUAUGUUUCUGCCCCUUACAACUGUAAAACUAAGUUUGCAAAUAUGGAAAACAUGAAAGGAUUGGGCACAAAAGGUGAUUUAAAAAGAAGCCUAAAUUCAUUAUUUUUUAAGAUGUCUUAGCUUGUAUAUCAACAUUUUACAAAGUUGACUUAAGUUUUUCACACUAAAAGAAAACGUGCAGAAUAAGGAUCUUGUACAAGUGUAAUAUGUCUGUCUGUCAACUGUAAUUUGGCAUCUGCCGUCUUCAUUAAAAUGAUAUGCAAAUUAUGGUGAGCAAUUAAAUAUGCAUAUUAGCUACAGCUGUCCUGCUUAUGUGUUUACCACUGUGGCCUUCCAUACUGAUCAAGUUACCUACCUCUGCUCUAAAUGGUUGAUACUGCU